AUGUCCUCCCGCGCCCUUCGCAAGCUGCAGAAGCUGCGCGAACAAGAACUGCAGCAGGCAGAGCACGAAGAGCACGACUCCAGCGACGAUGAGCCGGCCGCUCGGUUGUCGAAGCCGAAAUUGAACACCUUUGACCUUCUAAAUGACAUCGAUGAUUAUGAAGAUGAUCAAGGCUCCAACGAGGACAUCCAAGAGCCUGUGAUACAGCCCACAGAAUGCGUGCCCACAGAAAUCGUACCCACGAACCCCACCAACUCAAAGAAAAAGAAAAAGACCAAAAAGAAGAAGGCAUCAACAAAAAAUGCAGCAGACGGACUGGCAUCUACGAAGUUGGAGGAUGGAGAGCUAGACGAAAUUGACCGAGCACUGAAAGAACUGGCAGUCGACCCUCGACAUUUCGCUUCAGGAACUACUACCUCCGCGGCCGGGUCGACACAAGCUGCCCGCGAUGCUUCAUUUGCAAAGACUCCCGAGGACCUGCUCGCGAUCGAGCCGAAGUUUCUCAAUGCGACAAACGAAAUGCGCCGAUUGUUUGGCAACGUGGUGUUAGAGAAUUUCGACCAGCAAGAUUCCGGCACAGGCCGUAGGAGAGACCGGAACCGCGAAACCAUUGAUCUCGGCCAGGCGCUUUCAGGGAGAUACAGCCCUGCGAGUCGAGGACAGAGCUUGGCUGGGGUUACACUACGACGGAACGUCCUCAUGCAAGGCAAGGACGAAUGGCCUCGGGCUUCUAGUGGAGGUCUCGGCAUGGAGCUGGCAGAGAAGCUUGAGACUGGUGCCACUGUGUACCGGAUUCUUCAUAACGCCUCGUACCUGGAUGUGCAGCGGCAGUUUGACAUUUGUGUUGAAUCGAUGGAUCCUCAACGGAUGAUCCAGCUCCUGCAAUACAAUCCGUAUCAUAUCUCGACCCUUCUACAGGUGUCGGAAAUCGCCAAACACCAAGGGGAUCAUGCCGUCUCAGCUGAUCUCCUCGAGCGGGCCCUGUUUAACAUUGGUCGCUCGACGCAUUCGUCGUUCGGAAUCCGCCUCAAGGAAGGCCAAGCCAAGCUGGACUUUAUUCAUAUGGAGAAUCGGGAGCUAUGGCUGGUCGGUUGGCGGUAUAUCGCCAACCUUGGUAUGAAGGGAACGUGGAGGACGGCGUACGAAUGGGCCAAGAUGUUACUGGGGCUGAACGCCAAUGAUCCGUACUGUAUCCGACUCCUCCUCGAUAACCUGGCUCUUCGGGGCCGAGAAUAUUCCCACUUUGUUGAGCUCUGCACGCAGACACGAUUGAGCAAGGACUGGUCUUCGCUGCCGAACAUCCAAUGCUCACUGGCGCUGGCUUAUCUCCGGUUGGGCAAGCCCAAAGAAUGUCGAGAACAACUACGUCGGUCUAUGUCGCGCUACCCGUGGGUGUAUUGCAAACUGGCCCAUGAACUCGACAUCCAGCCCAUGCCCAAGCGAAUCUGGGGUAAGAUGCCCCCUACGGAUGCCCACGAACUGUUCAUGGAACUCUACAUUUCACGAGCCAAGGAUCUCUGGAACACGCCCGAGGCCGUCUCUUUGAUUGUGGAGGUUGCCGACACCCUGGAUGGAGAGGAAGAGCCGGUUGAACCGCCCGAGAUCACGCUCGAUAUCGCCCGUCAUGUGGUUCUUUCUGAUAUCCCUCGCGUCACAACUCACCUGCCCAGCCGGUUUAUCUCAGGACGGAUAUCGGCGUCCGACCCCCUUCCCCCGUACGAUUCGGACGCUUUCCGGCAGCAGUCCGAUCCCACCCCAUCGUACUUGUCUCAGGUGCCCGAGGUGGGUCGGCCCCAAUGGCUUCAAGUCCUUCUGGACCAACUCCAGAACGGCGCCCUGCAUUUCCCUCGAUUCCAACGGGGGGAGGACCAGGCGGCCGGUGAUGAUGGACUCGCCGAGGGCGAACGCGAGAGGGAUUUGGCUCGUCCACAACAUCCCACUGCCGAGCAACAGCCCCUGCUGGAGCAAUGGCUCUUGGGCGACGGCCUAUUCACCCUCGAGGCUUUUCUCCGACAAUACGGCGUCGACCGAGGGAAUUGGGGGGAUGUAGUUGACUAUUCUCCCUUGACGGAGUAUGUGGAUGCCCUUGACGCGGUGCUGCCAGAUGCGCGCCAGAGGCUUUUACACGGGUCCAUCCGGGAGGCAAUGGGGGAGAUGGUGGUGGAUAUGCUGGAAGACGAGCUGCAACUGCAGCAGUACGAUGAGGAUGAAGAGGAGUGA